CGCGCCAUGCGUCCCCUCAUCCUUCUCCUCUUCUCUUUCUGCCUCGCACAAGCGCGUCAUCACCUCCUCUCGACCCGCGCAACAGUCCUGCUAGGCAGAUGCACCUCCUCCCCCGUCUCUAUCUGCCCGCUCGACUAUCCCUCCUCCUGGCGAAGCAUCCCCGGCAAUCCGCGAAAGACGACUCUGCUCAACGAUGUGGAUGGCGGGUGCAAGGAGUUCAAGAGCGCCUUUGAGGCAAGGGAUCUGAAGCUCUGUACGUGUGCAAGCUGUGAUUGCGGUGAGGAGCAAUGCAAGAGUGUUCCAUUCAAGGGGUGUGCGACUGCCCCCGAGGGAGGGGAGUGGAAGGCGAUUUGCCCUGUGAGUGGGCGUGGGCGUGGGCGAGGGCGCAUGGCUUCCGAUUCAUUGACAGCUGAUGACCGUGACGUUGCGUGCCGACAGUUGGAGGGCUGAAGGCAUGCGAGAGGUGGUCACUCGGUCAGCGUCAGCGCAAGAAUAGAGUAGACUAAGCUAGGGCCACGCGACGACGGACGUCGGCACUCCAUGUACCGCACAGCCACGCUUUCGCCACGCCCUCGUCGUCCCGAGUCUCUCUCAUACCCCUCUGUAAAGCUCGACCCUGACCCAGCGUUGAUGCUCCUCGUCGUCGGCCAAUCGAAUCGAAUGUUCACGU